GAUUUGCUCAAGGAUGUAUAUGGGAUAUCUACCAGCAAGAUGGUGCUUGGUGUCCCGUGGUACGGCUACGAUUGUCCGUGCGUGGAGCUUUUGCCGGACGACAUAUGUCUUGUCAACAGAACUUUGACCUUCCCGAAACCUGGAGUUGGUUCUGGGUCAGUCACACAGAUUCAAUACAAAGACAUCAUGAAGCUGCUUCCGAAAUCCUCAACUGGCCGCUUGUUCAGCGAGCUUUUCCAGUCGCCCUACUUUAAUUACAAGGAUGCCUCGGGGCAAACCCACCAGCUUUGGUACGACGACCCGGCCAGCCUCGCCUUGCGCUACGACUACGCCCGCGCGGAAGACCUACGCGGUGUUGGUAUGUGGGAGGCGGACAGUCUGGACUACAGCAACGAUCCGCUGGCCAUGAAUCAAACUAAAGCUAUGUGGGACGCCAUCGACAAAUUCUAAAGUCCAUCUCGUCAUGGAUCUUUCAGUCAGCUUACAUUAAUUCAGCAUAAUAAUCCCGUGGGAAGAGGGAACAAAAUGUCCCCACUUUUCGGGCGUUAUGCUCACACGACCCGCCCACCACCAAUUACAUAUCGUAUAACUAUAUCAGUACAUACUAAAAUAGAAAUUGGCGUUAAAUGCUGCUACUGUCACGUAUGUGUAUACCAUAGACAUCUAAUGUCUAUAGUACACCUGUUAGAACAAGGCCUCCGUGGUCAGAUGGCAUCAACCCCAGCCCCAACAACCGUUGCUGAUGUACCCCCCUUGUGGCAAAGCUUGGUGAAAGCGGCCCUGAGGGCCGUCAUCUUCCUCCUGCCUUCGUAGGUGAUCUCGCAUUGGUCAGGGUCGAUCUCCCCGAGCAGGAUAUCCAGGUCGACAAAGCUUUUGUCGAACUCUUGCUCCAGGAUGUCGAGCCAGUGAAUUCUAUUACGGCCAUUUUUUUUGCUGACAUGAAUGCAUAUUACAACACUCAGUUGUCAAUCUCUUUCCACUGUAAUUUUAUAAAAAUCACCGGCCUUACUGGGCCUUACCUCUUCCUUUAGAAUAUUGUCCGAAGUAAUCAAGGGUAGAAGCUUUUUAAUAUCCAAAAGAAUGACAAACAUUUUAAUGUUUUAUUGAACAAUUGAAAACUUUAAACUUGUUUUGUAAAUCAAAAAUUCAGAAGGUGUUUAUAAUUUGUUUUAAUUAAGAAAUGAAGUUAUUAAAUUUCUUGCUCUGUGAUUAUACCUGUGAUGCACCGGUUGCACAUGACAGACAUUUUGAGAAUGUUUGGU